GCGGAGCAGAAGAAGGGGAGAAGAAGACGACGAAGCAGAAGAAGGACACUAUAUAUAUAUAUGUUUAAAUAAAUACAUGGCAAGCAGCGUGGCAGGAUAAAGAGCUGAACAAUGGAUUUACAAAGUGAAAGGUUUUACGUGUUAAUUGCGGUGUUUGCGUGUUAGCUAGCUUGCUAGCUAGACUUAGCAUUCGGUUGCUUGACAACGGAGGGGAACGCUGGGCUCAUCUUGGAAACGGCUUGUUUCUUCUGGUGGCUGGGGGAGUCACUGCAGAUUACAAUGACAGAGGAGGAGGAACGUGGCCCUGGAGAAGCCCAUCACAUGUUCACUGUUAUGGAGGACCUGCAUGAAAAGCUGAAGGUUUUGGAUUAUGAGCAGGAGGUUCUCGCCAAGCACAACAUGAAGGCUUUGUCCAGACAUUAUUUUGUGUCGAGUCCCUUCAUGGCCUCCAACCCAGGCGAGCAGUUCUACAUGUUCACCAUCAUUGCGUCGUGGCUGAUAAACGCAGCAGGAAGACCUUUUGUUCAGCCUCAGGAGUACGAUGAGCCAUUCGCCACAAUUUCCAACAUCCUGACAGAGCUUCGAGCGUUUGGAGUCCGGGUGGACUUUCCUCCAUCCAAACUGAAAGCUGGCUCGGGAGAGCACGUCUGCUUCGUGUUGGACCGACUUGCAGAAGAAGCCCUGAAAAAGAAAGGUUUUUCUUUUCAUAGGCCAAUCUACCCUAAAGAGACCGCUGAAGAAGAGUCUGUAUUGGAGGACAACACUGAGCUCACGCUCAGUAAAGUGGAGGAGGAGUUGAUUGAGGAUCCAGAUGAUGAGGAGGAGAAUGUCAUCGACCUGGAGGCCCUGAAAUCAAGGACCAAUCAGAGUGAGGUAGAGCGGUCCUCCAAGCCAGAUGUCAUCCUGGAGUCCAACAUGGACGCCGCUGAGUGGAAUCUGGAGGUGGAGCGAGUUCUCCCACAGCUGAAGGUCACCAUCAGGACAGAUAACAAGGACUGGAGGAUCCACGUGGAGCAGAUGCAUGAACACCGAGAUGGGAUCCAGUCUUCCCUGAAGGAGACCAAGGUCUACCUGGACAAGCUGCAGGAGGACAUUGGUAAGACACUGGAGAAGGUCAGCAGCAGAGAGAAAUACAUCAACAAUCAGCUGGAGCAUUUGAUCCAAGAGUACCGCAACGCUCAGGCCAAACUCAGCCAGGCUAAGGAGCUGUAUCAGCAGGGCAGUGGAGGAGUGAUGGAGAGGAGCCGACUCCUGGCAGAGAUCAGUGAGGAGCUGGAGAAGGUGAAGCAGGAGAUGGAGGAGAAGGGGAGCAGUAUGUCUGAUGGAGCACCAGUGGUGAGGAUCAAGCAGAGUUUGACCAAACUGAAGCAGGAGAUUCUUCAGAUGGAAAUCCGCAUCGGCGUGGUGGAGCACACGCUGCUGCAGGCCAAACUCAAAGAGAAGUCCAACAUGACCAGAGACAUGCAUGCCACCAACAUCCCAGAGCCCGCUGCCGCCACCGCCGUCACCGCCGGACCCUAUGGGUGAGCUGCCACUGGACCACCUCACCUCCUACCUCACCUCCUCCUCCUCCCUAUGAGGAGUUUGACUGUAUCUUCUGGGAUUAAACUAAUGCUGUCUUCAUGUGUGGAGGGACUGUUAUGGCUCCUGGGACUUUGAAAACACAUUAUUUCAUAACUGCAGGAGUCAACGAGGAAGCAGAAAGGAAAAACCAAAGAUUUAGUUUCGUUUAGAAGGCGUGACUUGUGGUAGACGUGUGUUGUCGGCCUGUCAGGGAGACAAUAUUAAACAGCUUUUUGAGGUAAAGGUCAAUAGAUUUGGUUCUUUGAGCUGUUCCUGAGCUGAUAUUUUCGUGUUUAGUUGUAUGUCUCAUGUGAAGCUUCCAGGGUCUAGAUGCGUGUUUGAAGCGGGGUGUUGAUGAUGGGUUUUCUAUAUUGAACAAUCUUACACUACAAAGCUGUUGAGUUGAACGUUUAGAUAGGAAAACAAUGCAGAACGAACAUGUUCAGUAAUAAAACUCACCUUACACGUUGAGAAUGGCAUUUUAAAUGAACAAGUAGGAGAUUAAACCAAGUGGCCCUGGUGUCCAUACUGGUUUUUCUGGUCAGUCCCUGCAGUUUUUCGCUGAAUUCAAUACAACAUAGGAAGGUACCACAUUUUUUCAGAAUGCUGCAUAAUUUGCCAUUUAAAAAAUUCUUAAAAUUUCAAAUCUGACAUGCAGAUUACAUUUACACUGACUGAUCAUCAGCUGACUUCCUGUCUUGGCUCCAGAAAACUUUGGGGUUUGUCUUUUUUUGUAGUGCUGAAGAUUAUUUCCCUGAAAUCAUUUGAUUUGUUCUUCAGCUUCAAAUAAAAUGUUGCCCUUCACCCAGUGUCUCUGUGGAAAAGGGAAUCAUAAAGUAUUUCAUAAGUUUUAUG